AUGCUGACCCCAGUUGCGGAGAGCUCCAUGGAGAGCGAAGUAGAGGAGGGCCUUUCCCCCAGAACCUCUGAACAGUCCGAAAUUACAACUUCCGCCAGCUACGUCAGCGGCUUUCAGCGGGCCUCCCUUGAUGGACAGCGGACCGCGCACCGACACCAUAGCGUAGGAGAAGAGGCGGUGCGGGAAUUUAUCGAGAUCAACCAGAAAGAAGCGUCCAAGAUUGAGCAUGAACAGGAGCCGGGAUGCGGAAUCAUCGACUUCUAUGGGUACGAGCCACGUGUCACUCGGCGAGUUUACCGGUCAUGGACCGGAUGUGUUGUCAGCCACUUCAGCCUCAUCGCGUUUUUGCUGGUGGUGUGCUAUGCGUGUUGGCAGUAUUGGGUGGUUCCGUUCCACGUCAUUCUCGGCGAGACGGCGCUCAAUCCAGACAAUCAGAUCACAGCAACAAGCGAGCCAUCCUUGCCGAAAAUCGGCCUGGAUUUCCGGCUCGCCAACGGCUCCAGCUUCUUCGACCCCUCCUACCUGACGUACGCCUUUGCGUUGAAGACGAUUUACUACCAGGACAAGCUACCGCGAGCUACCGUCAAACUUAACUACUCACGGUGCGCAUUCACAUCCGCGGACGGAGGCCCUGUCGUGGCGACGGCCAUGUGUCCCGACGAGUCGAUCGUCGUCCUCCAGGGCAUAUUUAGUAGCCCAGUUUACAGCUACCUGCAGCUAGACAUUACCCCGUGCAUAAACUCCUCCUCUUCCCCAGUCGUCUGUCAGUCCUCGGCGGCAAUCACCGCCCUCCUUGCGGGAGGAACGUCAGUAAUCAUGGGAGACGCAGCGAAUCUCAACCUGAGGGACGUCACGGUGCCGGAUAAGCUGACGGCCGUCACGACGUACACGUCGUUCCGGUACGACUUGACCCCGGCGUUCUACCAAAAGGUUGACGUGUUGCUGACGCCGCGUGACAUCACCAAGAAGAGCGCCGUGGUCGACAUUGACCAGUGGCGGGAGCACGCGACGGACGUUUUCUUUUCGGGGGUGGUGCCCACGUUCACGGACCGGUCUGCCGCCAACCCCCUGAUCCGGUACUACGUCAGGCUGGACACCGUGGCGCAGGAGAUCGAACUAGAGCCGUACAAAAACUUUAUGGACCUCAUGGAAAUGCUGGGGUCUUUCAAAGCGCUUCUCGACCUCCUCCUCGGCAUCCCCCUCCGAUACCUCAACAAAUGGUUCUUCCUUCGCGAAGUCAAGAAAGAGGUCCGCCGCGGAGCGCUGCACACGGACAUGCUCCUGCCCAACUCGAGCCAACCAAAGCCGCACCGCUUGCAAUCGAUAAUGCGCCACAUCCACACCGUGCGCCAGGGCGACUCCUUCCAGCGGCGUUCCGCCGGAACGCUGACGGCAUUCCGCUCGAGCUUUAAGAAGGCCACGGGAGGCAUCCGCCGGCUCUUCUCACCACCCCCGCCUGAGUCGCCGACGCGAAUUCCGCUCCGCUCUCAGCGUGCGCGGAGCGCCUCGCCGGAAUCUCCGCUUGUGGGAUCGGCGGAUCACUCUGUGUGGAUCGAUCCGCCGGAAUCUGGGGAAACGACGCGAAUUGGGCGGAUCGAAUCGGGCGGGCGACGGGCACGCAUCCGAUUCGAUUUGCCUUCAAGGGAAAGGAAUUCCGAUGAGGUAGCUUCCGCUGAUCCGCUCGUUUUGCAUUUCGGCCUAGGAACGAGUUCCGGAACACCCUCUCCCUCGGUUGACGUAUUGAGCAGAAGCGCUCUCAGAGAGCGGAAUCCGGCGGAGGACGGAAACGGAAAAAGCUUGCCUCUCGGGAGGGGUUUCACCGGGUCCUUAGAGGCAUCGCCAAUAACAAACCCGCUCUUCAAUGAUGACGAGAGCGACGUCAGGCAGAGCAGAGAAACGAGAGGGUCUGACGACAUGAGCAUGUGGCAAGUGAGACGUUCCGCGUUGAGAAGUUCCGCUCCGGAGGCCCUGCUGACGCACGGAAUGCCAGCUGACAGCGGAAUCGAGUUGGAGAGUGAACGAGGGGCGGGGCGGGGCCUGACGUCAGGAAUCGGUCAAGGGGGCAGUACGAAGAUUGCUUAUGUGCGGUCUAGCUUUUCUGGCGGAUUUUAA